AUGACAGGAAGAAAAAUUGACACCAGCGUCCAUAAAGUGGAUGAGGAGGCAUAUCCAAAAUACCAUUUCGAAUAUGGGGUGAAGGAUGGCCACACGGGCGACAUAAAGGAACAAUCCGAAGAACGCGACGGUGACGCAGUUAAGGGCGAGUAUUCACUGGUCGAACCCGACGGUACGGUGCGAAACGUCAAAUACCAUGACGACGGUCACAGCGGUUUCAACGCGGUCGUAACUAGGACAGGACACGCGGUUCAUCCUCAGCAACCUGCCAAGUUGGCUCUGACUUACGCAGGAUACCAUCACUAG